AUGGACGAGGAAAUGAGUUUUUCUCAAGCAAUUGCUACAACAGAACUGCCUCGAAGUCAAACUAAUCUGCCGUCAUCAGCGACUGUCACUAAUACUGAUACGAAUACGAUUACCAGCAACACCAACGUUGGAACGGUUGUGGCUCGCAUCGAGGGCAUCCUCGAGCAAAUCAUUGACGCUUUAGCUGCAGGUCAAGAGUUAGCGAUUGGAUUCUCCCCCAGAAGGGCUGUUCGACAGGCUGCCAAUGCGACGACAGAACAGGUUCACUUCCCUGGUCGCAACCAACAAGAGGCCAUCAAAUUUGCGCGCAUACUUCUUAUUCUUCAGCUUUCUCAUGAUGCCCUUGUAUCCGGUACAGUUCUGACCAAGCGCCACAUAUUUUACCAGCAUCAAGACCUUUUUGAGAAGCAAAGGGAAGUCGAUGAUCUUGUAGACGACAUCGCAUUCAAUCUUGGCAUCGGCCGCGCAGACUUGAACAUUCAGGUCGCCGCUUCAAAAGGUCUAUUGGCCGGGCCCUUGACUAUCGGCCUUCAAGAUGGCAGUACGCUGAACCCAUCUUCGGGAGACCUGGCUGUCUUCCGGUCACUCUGUUCCUCUCAAUUCUGGAGGACCUCUCUGUAUGGUCCUGGUAUACUCGUCACUGCCAAAGGAUAUCCUGACUUGACCACUCGCUCGUUCUUGAACUUUGUCAACACCAAACACCCUCAGUUGCCAAUUUUGGGGCUCUUCGACUUCGACCCUGACGGAGUCAAGAUUAUGCGCUGUUACCGAGAUGGAUCAGACAGACUUGGCCAUGAAACUGAUCUCAAUAUUCAAAGGAUGCAAUGGCUUGGUAUCAAGUCUGCUCAUCUGUUUCGAGAUUUUACGAGCGCCAGAUCCGCUCCGGCUGGCCAAUCUUCGCAAGCGUCUAUCAUCUCUACCACAUGUCGUGAUCCUGUCACUUACAUGAACACAAGAGAACGUAACGCGGCGAUCUCGACGCUCAAGAAAGUCUCUGACUCAUCAAACAGCGACAUUGAAGUAUCAGAGACGGUCCAUGAAUUGCAAGUGAUGAUGGCGCUUGGUGUCAAAGCUGAGAUCGAGUGGUUGGAUGAGUCGGGGGAUUUAUUUUCAUGGCUCGAUGAUGAAAUUGGUGAGGCAUUGACAAGCUAUGAUUUAAACGUCAUUGAAUGA